AUGGCGCCCAAAGAUGGAGGGGGGCCCGCGGCGAAGAAGCCGCGCACGGCGCAGGAGCCUCCUGCGCAGCAGCCGACCGAUGCGCCGCCUGCGCCGUUGCCUUCACCGCCAGGGCCACUGGCCGUCACGGGGCUGCUGGAGAUGGAGUCGCUGAAGGCCCAGACGGACCAUCUUCGUAGUUGGGCCAAGGGGGCGAAGGAUUACGUCGACAAGGCUCUCCUGAAGUUCCUGACAGAUCGACACACGCAAGUUUCCUUCAAAAUUCCGGGCUCCGUCAUGCUCAUCCCUCCCCUGCAAAUUUCUGCUGCAGCCUCUGGCGCGAACUUGUCGGCGUUCCGGGAGGUCAUGAACUACGACAACUUGCAGAUGAGUUUCUCUAAGACGGGGCAAUACGAGGCUGCGGGGACAGUCUGGAUGCUCGACCCGUUCGCCGGCGACACGACCGACUCCGUCAGCAUUAGCCAGCUCGAUGCCGCCAUGGGGAUGUGGUCUGAGGAGAAGCUCUUGCUGUCAUCCGACCACCCGCCGUCGCGGCGCUACUCGUUCGACGUGCCGCUCCCCGCGCGAGUGGUCAACACCAAGGUGGCGCAGCGCAUGGGCGCAGGCGAAUCUUCUGUACUCAUGGCAACGGGCGUGCCCAUGCUGGCGGGGCACGCGCUUGUGAUGGCUUGGCAUGGCGCCAUGGCAGAGGCGUUGUCCACCGACAACACUGAGCGUGCAUUCAAGUUGUUUGAGGCAGCUCUGAGUGUGCCAAUCAGGCUGCGUCUCAGCCCCGAUUCGGACGCUUGCCAGCUGGCCGCGCUGAUGUUCUCUGAGACCAUGUUCACCGCGUCCGCAGCCUCUGGCGCGGAUUCCUUUUGGAAGCUGGCGGAGAAAGUGGCUCGACUUACAAGGUGCCAGAAGGCUAUGGCCGACAACCUGUCCCUGCCGAAAUUGUUCGCGGCCCUCAAGAGCUACGGGCUCGCGUUCAAGGGCAAGCCGCUCGCCGAGUCACACGCGAAGUGCUUGAAAAACUUGACGCCUUUCGUCGGGGAUGAGGCGUGCGUCGUGGCAUACUCUUUGUCGGAGGCUUUCUGCCCUGAGCUCCGCGAACCCACGUUGUUGCUGCGGUUGGCUCAGUUAUGCAAUGGAAGGGCGGCGUCUUCCAAGGCAGACAAGGACGCGACCUCCCGCGAGUCGAUGGUGUUCAUCAUGGACUGCCUGCGCGUGGCCCGGCUGACCGGCGACGCCCCUAGGGGGGAGGGCCUGACCUUGAGCAAGGUCACGGGACAGGAGAAAAAGUCCCCAGCGAUGGCGCACGUGCUCUUCAAGAAACAAGAUCUCAUGGCGUACAUUCUUCACGAGGCGGCGAUGAUCGACAAGGCAAUUGCGGUUUCAGUCUCCAUUUUUCGCUCGCCGCUUGCCGUCUUGAAGCACUUCUCAGCCACUGGCGAGGAAGAUGGCUUAGCUGCUCAGUUUCGUCGAGACGAGACCCCGACACGUGACUCCGGAGGGGGGUUCGAAAACACAUUCGCUGUCCCAGUGGCCAACUACCGCGACCAGCAGGGCCAGGACGGGAAGACGCAGGCGGUCAUCGACUUCGCGCGGGGCGUCUGGGCUGGCCAUUUCGACGCGGAGCUCGAGGAGCUUUGCGCCCAGGACCUGCAGGGAGGUGCGCCCGGAUUCUUGUGGCACCGGUACUUCAACGAGAGCACCAAGGAGAUGGGCGUCAAGUACCGUGCGCUCGUCGCAGCUUGCUCGGCAGGCCCCAUUCCGGCGGACCCUGCCGCGAAGUCGGCCUCCGGCGUGGUCUUGGGGGCGUCGGAGCUCGAGGAUGGUGACCAGGAGGAGCUCCGCAAAACCCAGGAGUUGCUGAUCUCUCUGCGCAGGAAGACCGUUUCGUUCGUUGCGCUGCCGUCGGUCGGCGGGGUGUCUGGCGCGGAAUACAGCACUGCCCAGUUGCAGAAGGUUUGGGAAGAGAUGCGUCUCGGACACAGGUACGGCAGGAAAAAAACUGACGUCCGAGCAUUCGUUCUGGCGGCCGACCUGUUCCCCCCAAACGUGAGCAAGAGCGGGGUGGCGGCGAACUUGGGCGAAUCCGUCGGUUGCGAUGCGGACCGCUUCGGGCGCGUGCUGGAUUUCGUCUGCCAGAAGCGCUCGGUUCACGAUAUCGUGAUCUUCCUCGAUGGGCGGAGCCGCUCGUGCCGCAAGCUGAUCGAGGAGAAAGAGGACAGUCUCGCAGCCUCUGGCGCGCACGCCCUGACGGAGUGCUGGUGCGUGUACGUGCAGCCGACCAAGCAAGAGGAUCCCAGAGUUCCGGGACGAGUGACUUCUUUCGCGUGCAACAACAAGGAAGUGGCCAUCUGCUCGAUCCCGAAGAGAGGCGCCAUGAAGGUAGUGGACCGCGCGGAGUUCAACUCGUGCGGCGAGUCUUCGAGUGCGGCAACGACGUACACGGGCGUGCCUAUGCGGCAAUACUGCGAGCUUCCGCGCAUGACUUACGAGACGAAGGCUUCAAUCCUGGGAAACGCAGCCGCUGGCGCGGUCAAAGGGAAGCGCGCGCAGAAAGACAUCGAAUCGAAAGGGCACCCCUUCUCGCACCUCGAAGUGAAGCCAUUGCAUUUGUGGCAGCGUCUCUGCGAGCACCACCACAUCACCCACAUCGUUGACUUCUCGGCGGGGUCUGCCGCGUUGGCAAUCGCAGCCGCUGGCGCGAUGGAGUACGAGGGCGUGGCGGCGAACGAGGUGCACCGGGAGUGGCUCGAUUCGACCAUGGACCGAUGCGCGAUGUACUUGGCGGGGCGUGACAAGAACUUCGCGAAGAUGCUCGGCGGCGACGAGGCCUUCGUCGAGAAAGUGGAGAAGUACUUCGCGGGGGCGAUGAUGGAGGCGCGGCGCAUGCUCGAGCCAGUCCAGGACGCGGCGGAGGGCGAUGGGGGAAGCGAGGACUCGGCGGAGGAUUAG